CAGAAAAAAAAAUCCAAACAUGGCAGACAUUGAUAUGGGUUGGUUCUAUUCGAAAGUUUAAACGGUUGGAUUACUGUUGAAAGAUGGUUUACCAAUGCUGGCCUUGACAUAUUUUAAGGGAAUCGGUGGAUAGCAAAAAUAAGUUCCUGCCGAAGGUCUCGUCGUACCGUGCGUCUUUUGCCCUCUCCAGUCUUGUCUGUCUUCAGACACCACCAGUGGUCUUCCCUCUGAAGCUCCUGUCACGUCCCCUCAUAUCGCCAGAAUGUCCGUGUCGGUCGUGCUUAAGAAUUCCUGUUCCACCACAGGGGAGGGUCCACACUGGGACGAUGCCUCACAGUCACUACUCUAUGUAGACAUCAUAGCCGGAGACGUCCACAGGUGGAACUCGGCGACUGGUGAGGACCAGAAACUCCACAUGCAAGGCGGAGAGGCCACACUCAUAGUGCCUAGCAGUACCGGGGGUUACAUCGUGUCGGUUGGUAGCACCCUUGGGCAUCUAGACUGGGACACAAACACCUAUACCAAGUUUGCCGAAGUAGAUGAGGGUAAAAAUAACAGAUUUAACGAUGGGAAAUGCGACCCGAAAGGACGACUCUGGGCUGGCACGAUGGGUCGUGAAGUGAGGCCAGCCGAACCGGAAAUGGGCGCCGGAUCGCUGUAUACGUUAGACAAACAGAAAAAAGUGGUUAGUCACCUGUCUGGGCUUAAUAUCUCUAACGGCCUUGCCUGGACCGAAGACAACAGAACUAUGUUCUUCAUAGAUUCCUUACCCGGCAAUAUCUUCGCCUACGACUACGAUUUAGAGCACGGAACAAUCAACACGGGUUCGAAACGAGUGGUAAUGAACUUUGGUGACGGUAAAACUAAUCACCAUGGUCUUCCUGACGGUAUGACGAUCGAUACGGAGGGCAAGCUGUGGGUGGCCUGCUACUCCAAGGGUAAAAUCAUCCGGGUCGAUCCCGAGACAGGUAAGGUGCUAAAGGAGGUUAGUGUUCCCAACGCUUCCCGUACAACGUCCUGUUGUUUUGGUGGCAAGAACCUGGACGAGUUAUAUAUCACCUGUGCACGCAGCGGAGUUACGGAUGAAGAAUUCAAGACAACAGAGUCUCUGGCUGGGUCAGUGUUCAAGGUCACCGGAUUAGGGGUCAAAGGAAAGCCGGCAUACGUAUUCCAGGCAUAGUUGGCAUGGAAUUGGCGAGCUUGAUAAUCGUCAAGAAUAUGAGGGAGCAGAAAAAAAUGUUGAUAUAUAAUCUAACAGUAUUACUGUUCAAAUGUUGAAGCAAACAUCAUUCCAAAAAUACUGAAAAAUCUGAAUGACAUUUCGCAAGAUGGUGGACAAUCAACAUUGCCUGUUAACCCGGGGACUUUAUCAUUCUUCUGUGCAAGAAAGCUGUAGACAGUGAAGCAGACUUUCGCGGGGCUCUUGUCACGAAACGAUUUCUAUUUUCCUCUUGUAACUUUCUAAAUCCAACUAAUUAUAUGCUAUUUUAGUUUGUAACCAUAUUAUAUAUUGAAUAAGAAACAAAUACUGACGGAUUGCAACUGGCAGGAGGUCCCAAAUCAAUUUAAGCCAAUAUUGGCACGAGCCUUUUACCUCCAUAAAUCCAGUCAACAUCAGUUAGAUCUUCAUACCAAAGGCCAUAACGUUUGCUCACAGUAAAUACGUGUAUGCAAAUGUCAUCCAAAAGUCAGGUGUAUUUCUAAAUUGGGUAAUCUAUUACCUGAUUUAUUAAAUGUAGCAGAAAUGCGUCUGUUUCAGGGACAUUGAUUUACACGACCCCUUUGUUUUUAAGAACGCCAGUGGAGACAUGCACAAAUUGCAUCAAAGUAUUACAAAGGUCCCCGAUACCUAUAAAAUAUACCUUCUAUUAUGUAUAUAUGGUAUUACAUGACAGAAUUACAUAUUGUAUAUUACUUCAUAUUUUAGCAAACAUUCUCAGAGAAAUAAUGUAUCUGGUCUUUAGGUGAUGGAACAAGCAAAGGUAAUAAAAUAUAUUUCAUUACUAGUCGCCUCUCUGCUUCAUUCUUCUGUGUUGCUUUGUUUUAUGUUUAUCAACUGAACCUUUGUAUUAGUCCAGCUCAUACUGGCUCCCUCUCCGGCCGUAAGUGAGAAGGUCUUUCAGCAACCUGCAGAUGAUUGUGGGUUGUGAGUUAUGGGUUUUCCCCUGGUUGUGCCUGGUUUCCUCCCACCAAAAUGCUGGCCGCCGUCGUAAAAGUGAAAUAUUCUUGAGUAGGGCGUCCCUGUGAUGUUCUUGUCCAAAAGCAGAGCUCAGUACAUGCUGUACUUUUUGAUUCAAGACAGCACCCUUAACAUGGAUGCUGAUGCCAACAUUUGGGGUAUGACACAAACUCCCGCUGUACUUUGCAACCUUAAAAUGCCCUGGUAUACAAAAUCUGAUUACCCAUUUCCAUUCACAGCAAUGUCAUGUACGAAUUGCUACAUGUAUAAACACACGAAAUAUACAAAAUAUAGGUCUGUAUUUAUCAAUUCCAAAAGAUAAAAAUAUGAUACGAAAUCUGUUAAACAUGCUGACUAUACACGUAUUGUUAAGU